UGCAGCUCUACACCGCAACAUCUGCAAGCAAACAAGAAAUCAAUUGCUUACUACCAUAAAGGAUCUCCAAAAAAGGAAAACCUUGGUUUGCGGUCAAGAUGAAGUGUAUACUCAGGAUAUUACUGUUGACAUGCACCCUGUGCUUUAUUGAAGCUAUUAAAAGCCCUUGGAGAAAAAACACUUCUUCUCGAGUAAAGGAUAAGUGCAUACUAGAUGGAAGCAAGGAGAGCAAAAACGAAGUGUCAGUGACAGUCAGUGGGCGGAUAUGUCUACCAUGGAAUUCCUUCCAAUACAGAAACCACUCGUUCAGUAACUGCUAUCAUAACUACUGCAGGAAUCCAGAUAAAAGGAUUCAGCCAUGGUGCAUUGUAAAGAGAAGAAAUCGUUAUGUAUGGGAAUACUGUGACAUUACCGACAGGGAAAUUAAACCAACCACCAUGAGUCCACCAAAAUCUGACCCAUCAAAGCAGGACAGAGAAUCAUCAUGUGGGGAGCGACACUUGAACCGCAUUACAAAGAUAAUAGGAGGAUCAAGGUCAAUGGUUGAGUCACAGCCUUGGAUUGCAGCUAUCUUUAAAGGAGAUGGAUUCAUUUGUGGAGGAACCCUUAUUGCUCCAUGCUGGGUUCUCACUGCAGCCCACUGCUUCCCUGGCGGUAAGAAAACACAAAUAAAGAGAUACUCAGUCUUUCUGGGAAAGAAUGCCAUCAAUGAAACCGACUCCAUUAAAGAGCAGCAGUUCAACGUGAGCAAACUUGUGGUUCAUGAGGGCUUUGAUUACACAACUGAAAACUUCAAUAACGACAUUGCUCUUUUGAAGAUAGUGGACAGCAAUGGACAAUGUGCAGUGAAGACAAACUCUGUGAGAACUGCAUGUAUUCCCCCUUUCCAGCAGAUGCUUCCUACAGGAUUCUACUGUGAGAUUGCUGGCUAUGGAAGACAUCAAAAGGGAGGCUUUGAGUACUCUCGAUAUCUGAAACAGGCUCAGGUGAGGCUUGUUUCCCAGAAUGAUUGCCAGAACAAGUAUUACAGCAAGGACGAGGUCAAUAAAAAUAUGUUGUGCGCAGCUGGUAGAGACUGGGAGGAAGAUGCUUGCCAGGGCGACUCAGGAGGGCCUCUGGUGUGCGAAGUAAAUAACACCAUGUUCCUAUUCGGUAUCAUUAGCUGGGGAAAAGAGUGUUCAAAAAAGUUUAACCCAGGAGUUUACACAAAAGUCACCAAUUACAACAACUGGAUCUCAAUGCAUACAGGUUUACCCAAAUAUACAGUAGGCUCCAGGUAUCCACAAAAGGAAUAAUUAUGACAGGGUCACUUUACAACAGAAAUGAGACCGUUGCUCAGAUACUUAGCCACUCAGGGUAAUGUUAUAUUCUGUGCAGAAUAUGUGCCAAUUAUUUAUGCCAUUUUGAUUAUAUACGGCAGCUACUGUAAUCAAUAGGAAUAAUCUUUGACAGUGUUAUAAUUACAUGUUCCUGCAUUUAUUGAAUAGUGAUACCAGGUGUAUGAAGGAUACAUAGAAUGACGACUGAACAAGUUGAUCUAAAAUAACUGAUGUUAAUGACAUGGCCAUUGGUCCAGUUUGUGGCAAUAAAUAUAUAGAUAGAAU